AUGCCUUCGGACCUCAGGCCAAGGCAGGGAAGGAAUAGAUCUAAGAGCCGUGCUUAUCGUGGAGCACGUUCAAAGAUAACAGCUGCUGAUACUGGGUACAGAGGUGAAACUCCUGUCCUCAAGAUGUAUCGGGGGGUUCCGAGUUCUGCCCAGGGGAACAACAUGGCGGCUGCCCCUCGGUUUGGGUUUUGGACUUUAGUAAGCCGGUGUCUGCAAAAUUUUUGGGCCCAGAGGCAUUUGGGCUUGCUUCUGCUUUUACUCUGGACUCUGGUGAUCCUGUACUCUCUGACUCCAAAAGCAAAAUUUUCCUGGCUUGGUGAUUCUGUAGAACUUGGACCUCAAUUGGAAAGUAUGCUGGACUUCUUCUUUCCAACAACAUGCUUCAUAAGGGACAAUCAGGAGGUACUGGCAUGUAAUAACCAGCCAUAUCUCACCAAGAGUGAAUGUUUAAGAGCCAAGUGCUGUUUUUCAUCAUCUGGGAACAAAAUCAGAUGCCACACCCCACUAAGGGAUAAGCCUACACAGAUGCUCCGGGUGUUUGGAGUUGUUGUGAUCAUCAUGGUAAUCCUGGGAUUUCUGCCUGUGUAUUGCUGUUCUUUUUGCCGGAGGAGGAAGAGGAUGAACAGGAUGUUGAAGGUUUUGAAGAAACAGAAAACAAAAAUGAAGAAGGAGCCUAAAGGGUGGAAGGCAUCAGAGGAGAGAGCUUUGCUUUCCAGUUGA